AUGAGUACCUUUGUACAAUAUUGCCUAAUUGUACUGUUUAUAAUAACUUCCAUUGAAAUAAAAAAUAUUCGAGGUGCAUUCAAAAAGAAACCCCCUACAACAUUUGUUGUUGUGGACAAUUCGACUUCAACAGAGAGAUUCUUGAAACUUGUAAAACAUUGUCUUACCAGUUUCAGCACAUGGAUGGUUCUUUUAGGAUAA